AUGCUUUGUAGGAUUUCACGUUGUCUCCAGAGUUGCGCUUUUAACAUUGGUGUUAGCAAAGUAGUGUACCCUGUUUACAGAAAUAUCAUCGCACUACUACUGUUGGGACCCUUCACCUAUUUCAUAGAAAAGUCUCUAACAUUCUCUUUAUUAGCCCAAAUUGCUGCAAACCAGGGUUUCUACAUUUUAGGCACAUCUCCAACUUUUGCAUCAGCAAUGCAGAACUCAAUGCCUGCAACUAUUUUCAUUAUGGCUUCGGCUCUAAGGCUGGAGCAAGUGAACAUUGCAAGAAUAGAUGGAUUGGCGAAAAUCCUAGGGACUCCAGAAAGUGUAGAAGGUGCAACAAUUAUUACAUUGUACAAAGGUCCGUCCAUACUAAACAAGGCAUCAGAGACAAGUAAUUCAUUUGAAGAGGGUGUGGUCAUGCCAUCAAACAAAGUUCAGAACUGGACAUGGGGUUGUAUAUUUCUCCAAGGCUCCUAUAGUGAAGAAGUAUCCAGCAAAGCUCUCACUAACAUCAUUCACAUUAUUUUUUGGCUUAAUCCAGUUCCUGGCAGCUUUCUCAGAAAAGAACCCAAAGCAUUGGCAAAUCCAAUCUGGGGAAGAGAUACUAACAAUCUUAUAUGCUGGAGUAAUAUCUUCAGGUCUAGUAAUAUCUCUACAGUAAAGGCCAUAAACCUAAGCAAAAACUAA